CUAAAACAUAAUACAGUGCAAACAAACCAAACCAACCACCCACAGAUAACAGUACAUACAAGCAAGCGUCGUCAGGCAGGCCGGGUCAAUAUCAAUUAGGGCAGGUAGGUACAGGGGGAGCAAGCGGAGAUGGGUCGGGGUCACAGGCCAGGUUCAGCAGGUAGCAAGCAGCGUGGUACAGAGGGUCAGGCAGAGGGAUGGUCAGGAGCGAGCCGGGAUCAGAGCAGGAGAAGUCAGCAGCGGUUCAGAUCAGGCUAGGGUCAGCAAAGGAACAGAAGCCA